AUGCCAUCGAUGGAAACUUCAUUGCCAUGUAUGUUGUGGCUGGGUUUUUGGUUCAUCAUGGCUGGUGGGUUGCUUGUUAGCCAUAUCUGGUAUAUUCUACGGGGAUUAACAACCAUGGAUGAUCUUUCCGUCAAACAGCAAAAACGCUACUUGCGCUGGCAGCAGGCGAAACAAGCUGGGAAAGCAGGAAACCGGCCAUCUCCCCGUCAGGAAGACGGUAAACGCUACAUAAAUCUUCGUCACCAAGAUGGGUCCCGAGUUGUCGUUCGUUAUAGCAUCAAGGACCGGCCAUAUUCCUUCUCUCCGAGCCGAAACUGGAUCCAUACAUUCCUCAAUGGCAACUCUCUCGUCUACAAUGACAUUUUACCAGAGACCAAGUAUACGUUUUCUCGGCUCAUUGCAGCCAUAGCAGUUUCAUUUGUUCCAUUUACGGAAACCCUUUUCAGAUCAAAAACCAAAACUUCCGAUCCCCCUUCCGUUACCGACCAUUAUAACGAUUAUAACCAAGCAAUUUCACCUUCUUUUCGAAAUUUAAUUGAAAGCAAAAUUGCUGCUGGAGACUUCACAAUUGCAGCUCAUUAUCGAGCCUUUACAGAAGCGGAAGCAAAGACAGUGUCAGAGAGAGAUACGAGCGAUACUAAGGGUAUAAUUGAUACUAACGGUAUGAGCGAAACUACUGAUCUAAAUUAG